UGUGUCUGAGUUUCCCCGACUGCAUUUUACGAGGUGGACCAAUGUAUUUUCGUUAUCCAAUUUCCUUAAUAGUUAACGAAAAGUACAUUUCUGUUGUAUUUGUGCUGUUAUUAAGAUAAGAAGGAUCUAUUGGAAAAAUGUAUCCAUUUUUCACGAAGGGAUCCAUUGUAAGACAUGCAAAGGAGUUUCAGCAAGUUGUAUCGAUAUUUAGGUUAGCUGUUUCAAAACAGUGUCCACUAUUAGGUGGAGUGUUACACAGCAAUGAAAGACAUUACAGGUCCAUGCCAACCCAUGGCAUUGGCAGGUAUAAAUAUCUACUACCUAAGGAAGUGCCUAAAAAGAAGAAGGAGAAGUUGGAGGUGAAGAAGAUUCGAUCGGCAACAGACAGGGAGUAUGGCAUUUUGAAUGUGAUGGUGUCGGGCCACGACAUGACUUUAGUUGAACACUACGCUCAGUAUGUCCACAGACUCUGCAACCGCCUCAAGAUCACAGUGGAUGAGAGCUAUGCAUUGCCCACAAAGAGCACAGAGCUAAUGAUUCUGCAGGAGCAGGGCACCAAGAUGUAUGUGGAUGCUGUUCUCAAAACACAUGAGAGGGUUGUGCAGCUGAGUGGUUUGAGUUCCACGCUGGCUCCAGUGUUUGUUGAGGUUCUUCUACGAAAUCAGCCUGAGGGAGUCCAGUUUUCAGUCAGAGAGCAUACAGAAGAAGACUUCUACGCCCGUUUUAAAGCUCGCCCAGAGCUUGAGGGGUUGCUUGCACAAAUGAGCUGAGCAAAGCAACAUCGAAUUCCAUCAACAAAACAGCCUCCCUCUGUAGCCCUGGGUCAAAGGUCACCCUUAUAGCGUGACCUUUUCUCAACCUUUGAAGUGGAUGAAUCAAUAAAAUCGAUGUGUCCGUUUA